ACUAUUUUUUGUUUCCUUCAGUCUCCUCUGCGUCUCUUGAUCCAGUCGCACACGUUCAGUGUAAUUCACUGGAAGUUUUGACAUCAUGCGGACUCUGAGUGCUGUGCUGCUGCUGGUUCACGCCUUGGUGGUGUCCAGACUGGCCAGCGGUGCUGCAGUUGACCGGUAUGAGAGCGACAGGCAGCGGCACACGGCUGUUAUCAACUUUCUGGACACAACCAAAGACAGGAGAGCAGAGGAUGAGGGCAGAAGCGCGGGUGCGACAACGGUGGAGUAUGGCCCGCAGGGCGAGGAAGAGGAGUACGAGGAUGAAUACUACUAUGAAGACGAGUACGAAGAUGGCAUGUCUGGAGACUUUGAAAUGGAACUGCCACGAGUUGCCAUGUCGAGCAAACCCAAAGACCCGUCCGCCAUCCUGGAGACUGAAAGCACUGAAGCAAAGAGAAGGAGGGGAAAUGGAAGAAAGAGGGCAAAAGGCAAGGGAAGGAAGAGGAAUCCUUGCCUGAGGAAGUAUAAGGAUUUCUGCAUUCACGGCACCUGCCAGUACCUGAAGGACAUCCGCGCCCCGUCUUGCGUGUGCCACCCGAAUUACUCCGGGGAAAGGUGUCAGUUUAUCACGCUGCCUGUGCAGUCCCGCGAGGGCUACAACCGGACCACAGCCCUGGCCGUGGUGGCGGUGGUGCUGUCGUCCGUCUGCCUCACCAUCAUAGGCCUUUUAUUAAUGCUCAGGUUUCACAAGCGGGGAGCGUAUGACGUAGAGAAUGAAGAGAAGGUCAAACUAGGGUUAGCGUCCAACCACUGAAGAGACAAAGAGGGGCAAAGAUGCAGAAAUUCUACCUCAAAAUAGAAAAAGAGAAGUGAACCACGAAAGGAGGUCCUACAGGAAAAAGGGAACGUACACGAGGAAAGGAACAGAGGGUGUUGUCUGCGUGAUCCUCUGCUGGACGUACAGAUGAUCGUAUUCCUGUAGACCUCAGAAAAAAACGGGCCGUCUGAUACUGGAAUACUAAAUGGCCCAGAUGAUGGAAUGGAGACGUGACAAGCAUGAGGUGAUGAACACGAAGGAACGAGAAGAGGAAGGGACAAGUCUAGACUCUGUGCUGCUUCUUGACUGUGUGAAAAGAAAAGUCGUCUCAGACUGAACUGAACAAGAAAAGUUUUUUUUUAACAACAAUGAGAGCUGAACCUGGAUUUUUUUUUCCUGCACAAGUCCAUCUUUUUUUCUUUUUUUUUUGUGUACAGUAAACGGAAUAUUUAUAAUUCUAAUUUAUUUAUUUAAGCUAACUGUAUUUAUAGAGAUUUUUAACCACCUUCAGCAGUUUUUAAAAUAAUGAUGUUACAGUUGUUUUUAUAUUUCUUAUUGGACGAUAUUUAUUUAUGAAACAGAAAAGCAAACAAUGCAGAAGUUCCUUAAGAUAUUAAGCAUUUCAUGAAAAGAGAUAUGAUGCGUAAAUAUCUGAUUUCUGGCUUUAAUAUUGGCACUCAGUAGAUGGUCAACCGCACUGUGAUUAAUAAAUUGAUCAUUGAAUAGACAUGAUCUUUUUUCCUUUUCUUUUUUUUUUCCUUUCAGAAUGGUUUCAAUGAAAGCAAUACUUUUCAGGAACGCCCUGCUCACACUAACACAGUUACACACAUUCACACCUGGAAACUGCCCAGUACAACCAGUUGGAUCUGUCAGCCUCUAAGCGGCUUCACUGUAGCAGGUGGGGGGGUUCUGGGGCUUGCUCAAAGGCACAUUAGCGAUGGUAGUGUGGGAGGGGCGAGCCCUGCUCUUUCACUUUCCCCACCCAAAUGUAUCCUGCAGGUUCGGGGAUCCUUAGGCCGCAUUAGGCUUAGUGUUAUGAGUCAGCGUAAUGACAUUAUGAUGCAAUUCAGUAGCUAUGUAUUGAUUAUAAGCAACAAAAAAACUGUGCACUCAGCGUCUGUAUUGCUAAGAAACUUUUAAAAGGGAGUCAAAUAAAAAAAUGCACUGUAGCAAGAAUUCGUUAUAAAUAUGUUGUACUGUCAUGUUGUCUUAUCAUCAUUAUAGGAGAAACUCCCUCAGAUCCAAGUUAAGCUGUCAAGCAAAAAAAAUGUGAAUUAAAAUGUUCCACCCUUUCAAAUCCUGUCCUGCAGCUUUGAAGUGAUUUUUAUUUAUGUGAUUUUUUUUUUUUCAGAGCAAAA